UGGCUAGUGCGUCAUGACGUCACACUUCGGUACUCUAUCCAAUUUGUGAUUCAAUGAUGCGCCCAGAGACAACAACAACGACAAAACCCCUACAUUCGCAACAACAACACGUUGUUUGCGCGCUGCAAUGAGGAGAGUUGUAUUUUCAGCUUCAUGCGAGCUCUGUAAAUGCAAAGGUGCUGUGACAACAAGAAUAAAUCGUCGAACCAAUGUCUACGUGUGCUGACAAAAUAAUGGUGAUUGCAUCUGAUAUGGAACAAAGUGAAGUCGCCGAAACAAAUACAGAAAAAGGGAUUGUACCGGUGAAGGACAGCUUAGAAUCAAUCAAUAAUGGCCUGGGCACAGAAGGAAGUCAAGCUGACGAUGCGAAGCGUUCCCAGAACGGGAAAACAGAAUGCAAAGGAUGUACCUGUCCAUGUCACAGCACAAGUAUAAACUGCAUAUUUGAAGAGAAAUCGACAGAGAGUAUUAAAUUUCGUGAGCUCCUUUUGCUUCAUCUCGAUAUAAUCGAAGAGCAAAAUGAGAGACUUCAGUCGAAAGAGAAACAAAUUCACCAUUUGAGAAGUGAAAACGAACACUUAAAUGCAAGGAUUAACCGUAUGGAAAGGAGAGUUGCCCUCAAAAUCAGGAAGCAAGUUGAUGAUGACACUGAUUCUGUAAAAAGCAAAGCAUCAUCUACUCAAAAGAGUUCUAGAAGUUACUCAAUUUGCUCAACGGAAUUACCUAGAAGACCACGAAAAUCUGCAUCUUAUGGCACAGUUGGUGUUACCAUAUCUUCAAAACAAAAUAAAGAUGUUGGAACUGGUCUGUUCCUAAAAACUGAUGUUGAUUAUCUUCAAGCACCAUCAUAUUCAAUAGCAGAGGCACCAAAAGAGCCAGAAAAAGACAUAAAAAUCCCAGUGCCAUCAUGGAAAGAUAUUCCAGUUGAGCAUACAUCUAAAGUUCAAAGACAAAAGCUACAUCACAAGGCCAGUGUUGAGGGCAUUGACGAGGUCACUGAUGACGAGUCCUACCAACGCCGUCAUUUGAAAAUGGAACUAGACGAGAUUCGGAGAAAAAAAUGGGAUAUCCAACAACUUAGACAAGAGAGAAUGCAAGAGAAUCUGCGUCAAAGACAGAGGGAAAGAGAAGACCCAAGUCAAUUAAAAACCCAGUCCAAGGCAGAUGACAUAAAGGUCAAGUGCUUGCACCCACCUAGUGGCAAUGUAAUGGCGAUUGAAGUCGUCAAUGAAGUACCGGUUUUUGCGUUGGGUGCGAGGAUUCCGCAACUUGAACGAUCGGAAUUUGAUCUUCCCUGGUUUGAUGUAGCCAAGAAGGAAAUCCAAAACAGGCAAAGAAAACUGAAAUCGUGCAGGGGAAGUAGAAGAAAGACUUGGUAUAAAUAUUAAGUAUUUAUAGUUUGUGUUAAUGUGUAAGUGAUGUUAUCGAUAGUUAUUAUAUUAACAACGACUUGAUAUGUAUAUUGUUGUUAUUUUUAUUCCGACCUCAAACGCGAUAGGGCCUACGGAUAGAGCACUCUGUCUACCAAAAGUGAG